CCGGUGGCCGCUUCGCAGGAGCGUGGUUGCCUGCGCAUGCGUUUGUCGGAAGUGGAGGGAGGUGACUACUAGUAUCGUCAGAUCUCCGAAAGAGUCUGGAAUGAUCACUUUCCCUUCGUCUCUUAAGCAGCCAGGGCCGCCGGAUACACCAAUGCAGUGCUUCAUAAAGAGAGAUCAGCAGAGUUCUACCUUCCACCUUUAUCUUGGCAUAGCCCAUACAUUUGCUGAUAGAGGGAAGUUUCUAAUGGCUGCUCAAAGACAUAAGAGUGGUGCUCGCAGUGAGUAUGUGCUUUGUAUUGAUGCUGAUGACCUGUCCCAAAGAAGUCAUGCGUACAUGGGAAAGCUAAGGUCUGACUUUCUGGGCACAAAAUUUACAUUUUACGACAGCCAGCCUCCAUAUGACGGUGCAAAACCUUCAAACGGUCGUUCUGGCCGACGUUUCGCCAGCAAGCAGAUCAGCCCUCAGGUCCCCGCCGGCAACUUCAAAAUCGGACACAUCACAUACAAAUUUAACCUCCUUAAAACCAAAGGGCCGAGACGGAUGCACUGCACUCUUCACCUUUCUCCUGAAACCACAAAUUCUAAUCCAAAAUCAUCCCUCCAAGUCCCUCCCGAACCUUUCGUCAUGAAGAACAAAGCUCCUCGGUGGCACGAACACCUCCAAUGCUGGUGCUUGAACUUCCACGGCCGAGUCACCGUCGCUUCGGUUAAGAACUUCCAGCUUGUAGCCGUUGGAGACGAGGAAACCGUGCUGCUCCAAUUCGGUAAGGUCGGCGACGACAUGUUCACCAUGGAUUACACUUAUCCCCUCUCUGCUUUCCAGGCUUUCCUCAUCUGUCUCACCUGCUUUGGCAAUAAGAUCGGCUGCGAAUAAUGGCGAGGUAGCGAGGCUGGUCUCAGGUGACAUUGCUGUAGCUGGUAAGAAGUUGUGUGCUUUUGUUACCAUGUUGGAUGAUGUUUUUUGUAUUUAUUAUUUGCAUUCUGGCCUUCCUUUUCCAUUCAUCAAACUGCUGUUUGUUCUGGAAGUGGUUUAACCUGUUGUGGCAUAUUGUUCCCAAACA